AGAAAUACAGUAUUACAGAAUAGUGAAUACCUCGUGGCCUAGUGAGUGACCGGAAUUAAAAGUGAUAACUGAUAAGUAAUUUGGCUCCAUCAUAAACUUGGAACAUUAAGAUUCGAAAAUCGAAGUUUCAAACGACAAUCCAUAGAGUAAUAAAAAAGUGACAAACCCAGAGAACUUUAGUAAAACUAGUGAACUUUACCUUAAGUUUUUUUCUAAACAAUGGUUAUCAGCAUAGGAUUCGAAGGUAGUGCAAAUAAACUAGCUAUUGGAAUCGUUAAAGAUGGUGAGGUGCUAGCGAAUUGUAGAAGAACAUACAUAACACCGCCAGGUGAAGGAUUUUUACCCCGAGAAACUGCAAAACAUCACCAAAAUAAUAUUAUAUUAUUAUUAGAAGAAACAAUUAAAACAUCUGGCAUACAACUGGAACAGAUUGAUGUUGUAUGUUUUACUAAGGGUCCUGGAAUUGGUAGUUGUUUAGUUUGUGUUGCUGCUGUGGCACGCACUCUCGCUCAACUUUGGAACAAACCUUUAAUACCUGUUAACCAUUGUAUUGCACAUAUAGAAAUGGGUCGUUUAAUAACUGGUAGUGAAAACCCCACUGUUUUAUAUGUUAGUGGAGGAAAUACUCAAGUCAUAGCUUAUUCUGGGAAAUAUUACAGAAUAUUUGGUGAAACAAUAGAUAUUGCUGUUGGAAAUUGCUUAGAUCGAUUUGCAAGAGUUUUAAAAUUAUCCAAUGAUCCUAGUCCUGGUUACAAUAUUGAACAAAUGGCUAAAAAUGGUAAAAAAUAUCUUAAAUUACCUUAUGUAGUAAAAGGUAUGGAUGUAUCGUUCUCUGGUAUACUAUCAUAUAUAGAAGAAAAGGCACCAUCAUUGCUAUCAUCUGGUGAAUAUACUCCUGAAGACUUGUGUUUUUCCCUUCAAGAAACUAUUUUUGCAAUGCUAAUAGAAACAACCGAAAGAGCAAUGUCUCAUUGUCAGUCAAAAGAAGUACUAAUAGUAGGAGGUGUUGGUUGUAAUGAAAGGUUACAAGAUAUGAUGAAAAUUAUGUGUGAAGAAAGAAGUGCAACAUUAUAUGCUACUGAUGAAAGAUUUUGUAUAGACAAUGGAGUAAUGAUUGCUCAUACUGGAGCAUUAAUGCAUAAUAGUGGAUAUAAGACUACAUGGGAAAAUACAUUUUGUACACAGAGAUGGUGUACAACAGCAGUUAACACGCGACCAACGUCUGUGAAGUUGGCACCCCAACUUUGAGAUAUCGACUUCAACAUUUUCGAUUAUUGCCCGGGAGGGGGUCGCAUACAAAUUUCAAAAAUGGUCAUACAAAUUCAUACUAAUUGAGUUCUUGAAUCUGGCAGUAUAAAAUGUACGAAUACUUAAUUAUUUAUAUUAGAGGGGGCUGGAGACACAUGUCUCCAGCCUCACUUCUGUAUUUCCGAUAUUGCUCGAAUAUUGGUGUCGUACAAAUUCCAAAAAUGGUCAUACAAAUUCAUACAAAUGACGUACAAAAUAUUUGGAUAGAAAUUUUUGAGAUUUUCUUUGGAUGGGGGGUUGGGGACACGUACGUGAUACAAUAAUAGUAAGUACAUAAUAUAGAUAACAGAUAAUAAUCAUAAUUCAUAAAUAAUAAUAAUAAUAGUCACUCGUCAGUUUCGACCGUAAAAUAAUAAGGCAUUUGUGUAGCAGGUUAGGUUAGGUCCACCUGUGGACCACGGUUGAGUGAUCUGUGAAUUCGGGACGAGUGAUCUACGUACAAAUUAAAAAUAUAUUUUUUUAAUAGUAUACUAUUUUUUAGAUAAAAACACAUCAUAUUUUUUAUUACGUUUUAUAAUACAAAUGUUGGUCAAAUAUCAAAAAAUAAAAAAUAAAUAGCCAAGUAAAAAUAUUCCAAUUACAGAUCUUAACAUUUUUAGUAUCAAUUAAACAUUUAAAAAAAAGUAUUUGUUGAAGAUUAACUGACCUCCGCUAUACUUCAAUUAGAUGACUAUGUAAAAGUUCUGAUGUAAUGCCAUGCAUUUUUUAAUUUUAAGAUGUGACCAAAUGCAUCUAUUGUCUGGGUAUUGGCUCCUGUUAGCGGGUCGACUCAAUUUUUAGUGUGGAUUACAGUCGAGUGAUUAUAACCUUUAUUUUUUAAAAGUUUAUAGGGUUUCCUUUCAUCUCACAUGAUUGUUGUUCCUGGAAGUAUUUCGUUUUCAACUAUUGGAAUAAGUGUAGCUCUAUCUCGACGUUAAAAAAACCAAGGUCCUUCUCAUUUUGCAUUGUACCUAUUCCCGUUAUUGGGAGGAAUAUUUUCAGAAUCAGAAUCUGUGUUUGAACUAUUUUUGUCUGUUCAAUUUACACCUCAAUAGAGAUUCCUGCCUCCUUUAUAUUUCCUUAUAAGGACGUCACACCCGCUUGCAUGACAAUAUUUUGGUAGGCAAGACGGUGAGUUUUAUAAAAAAUAACUUAAUUUUGAAAAGUUAAAGGUAUUUAAAAAAUGUUGAAAUUUUUGAUAAUUUCUAAACGAUAUAAUGAACGUUAUAUUGGGUAUAAUGGAAAAAAACGCAAUGACUUUCCCUUAUAAAUGUUGUCAUCACUAUUCAAUUUUACUAUAGGUAUUUGCACUCUAGAACCAAAAUUGAGCGAUUUAUACUCAGAUUGCGUAAACGCGUUUUGUGUAUAUCGUACGUGUGUAAAAUGGAGACAACACACGCGGGUGUGACGUCCUCUUAAAUCAUAUAUAUUAAUAAAUAAUAUAAUAAAAUAAUAAAUAUAGGUUUCAAUCAUAUAUUAAUAAUAAUUAUUAUAUAUAAUAUUAUAGAUCACUAAGACACUAACUACACCUAUUAUAAUAUGAUAGAUCACCUAGAAAGAAGUAGUGGAUCAACUGCUACAAAAAAAAAAGUCGUUAAUAGUUAAUUCUGAAAGUUAAUUCAAUAUAAAGAAAAAUAAAAAAUUGUCACACAUUUAUAAUUGCAUCGUAUACUCUAAGACUCUAUCGGAGAUUCAUGAUUCCGCAUUACACGUUAGUUUGAAAAUUAUUUAUACAUAAAAAUCAGACUACCAUAUUUUUACAUUUAUUAUACAUGUCUAGUACUCUAGUCGUGGAUAUUUAGAGAACGAAUUGAAAUAAAUUGUUCUAUACGACUAUAUGCUUUAUUUUUAAUUAUUUACUUUAUUUAAUAUUAUCAUAUAUAUUUUUUUUACUAUAACUGACAACGUCUCAGCAAUUUUUAUGCAGAAUCUUGUUACAUUCCGGUUAAAUAAAAAAAACCUUUUGUAAUACGAAACUGUGCGGAAUUGGCUAGAUAAAAAGGUAUAUUUUUCGGAAUCGUAUGUCACCUGGCUUCUUGUGACACACUAAUACGCUAUAGCGAUUAUUAGCGGUGCCAGUUUAAGUAACUAAGUAUACACGGUUGACUAAUUAUUAAAUUAAAACAUUUUUUAUUAUUUAUUUGUUUUUAUAGUCAGCUUAUAUUAUUAGCCUAUAAGUAAGCCUUUAUUAAUAUUAUUAAACAAUAAAAAUGUAACUAAUUCGUUUUUAUUACAAUCAUAGAUAUUUAUGCAUAAGCAUGUGUUAUUUUUCAUUCUCAAAUCAACUAGGAAAAGCUAAACGUUGUUGCAAUGGAUUUUUUACCUAGAAAAGUUAUUAAGCUAGAAAAUUAACCAACUAUAUAGUUAAGUUUAAAAGUUUAUACAAAAUAAUUUAUUAAUUUCUAGUCAACUGUUGAGUAUGAUCUCAGUUUCAUUUUCGUGAAUCGUGAUAUGCAUGUCAAUUUGAAUUGCCAUAGUGACAUACUUCUUUCUUAUAAUAUUAUCUAUGAUGACGUCAACCGGAAGGAAUUUUUAUCGAUUAUAUCAAAUUUUAAAUCAUAGACAUAAUAUGCCUACAAUUGCUAUUUAAAUUCUAUAUUUCUAUUUUCUAUAGUCUAUAGUUGCAUUAUUAUUAUUAUAGUUGUUGUAGCCUGCAGGGAAAACGGCGUCAAAUGGUCGGGUGGUCAUCGUUUCCGCCAAAAAACUCGAUUUUCAUUUCUGCCAAAUCUAUUUCUACUUAUAUUAUUGAGAUGUAGUUUGAGAAACCCUAGUCUGUCUGGCGUCUGCACUCUGCAGUGCUAUUGACCAUCGAUGUACCUAUGUCGAUUUAAUAUUGAAGAUAUCAUAAAGAGAUAAUUAAUUUUAAACGUAGAAAUACCUACAUAAUAUAAAUCGAUAAAACAUAUAUCACGCGUAGAUAUAUCUAUACUCCAUAGUGUAUGUGAAGAUUUUAUGUCAAUAAUACCAAAAGGAUUAUUUAACUGACAACUAUAUCUCUGAAAAUAGUGUGUUUCCUCCGACAAUAUGGUCCAAUUUUAGAGCAAGUAUAUCUAGAACAAUAAAUAAUUGUGAAUCUUUUCACUCACAUUUUGAUGAACAAUUUAAUAAAUCACAUACAUAUAAAUAUAUUUUUAAAAAUUUUAAUUUCGAAUGUUCAAAACAACGUAUACAUUCAAAUCAACAGUUGCUACUUAGGUAUGCAAAAACCUGUAAGAUUUAAUAUAAAAAAACGAUUGACCUGUGCAACAAACGCAAUAGACGAAUACGAAAAUAAAACAAUUUUAAGAAUGACAUUUUCAAAAAAGGUAUGCCACAAUAUUAUUUGAAAUACAAUUAUACUGUGAUUUUUUUCUGUGAUUUACUAUUAUAGCCUAUAGGACAUCUGGGCACAGGCAUUGCCCACGGCCAGUUGACCUAUGCCAUAGGAUAGAGAUUAAUGCUAUAUUGCUAUGCGUCUUUGCCCUAAAGUUGUACAUUACAAUAGGCAUCAGUAUAAUAAGGAAAAAAAUAUAUAAAUUAUUAUAUAUUAUGUGGUUUUUAUAAUAUUAUGUUCUAAAUAAAUAAUUUAUGGUAUAAAUGAUUAAAAAAUUGUGUAUCGGGAAAAAAAUGUCAAUACGCUAAAUAAUAUUAUAGUACGUAAAAUUUUACAAUAUAUGGUAUAAAUAAUUAAAAAAUUGUGGUAUUUAAUUUUUGUAGAAAAGUGGCUACGGUCAGUGUAAUAAAAUUCGCGAUAAGAAUACCUGUAUAUACACACAUUAACAUCAUGCGUAGAAUUAAUUGGUGUCCAGGCGGUGUAUGCAAUAUGACGUAUUAUUGUAACAUAGUUAUUCAAAAGUAAAUUACAUAAGUAUGAAAUAUUUAAGUUUUAAGUUUUUAAUAUUUUAGACCUAAUUGCGCCAAUGAUUUAUAGCCAGGACCCAACUUACCUUUUACUUUUUUAUACCCGGGACUCAACUUACCGCUUUCAAAACGAACCUAAAUUAUCGCGGACCCAAUUUACCUAGCUCCAGUAUAGUUGUAGUCAUAGCACAAAAAUGGACUGUGGUAUUGUUCUAUGGUGGUAGUGUGCCGGGUGGUACCAUAGAACAAUUAUAGUGGUACAUCAUUCAAUCAUUUCACGGGUAUUUCGUAAUAGACAAUAGUACACCACCGAGUCGUCUGGAAGCGCUAGCAACAUAGAACAAGCAUUGAAAUAUAUAAUAAUAUUAUAGUUAUUAUACUAUGUUGAAUGAGAACAAACAGUGAGCUUGUUUUAAUAAGCCGGAUUGUUACGCAACUACAAUACCACAAUAUAUAUACCCAACUAACCCCCACUAAACACAAACAAUGUU